UUGAUAAAUCAGUCCUGGUUUCAUGGAGAUAUUGGGAAAAAAUGAUAAUGGCCACAUAGUAAAGGCAGUGAAAGUGGGUUGUGCAGGUGAACUAAUAGAGGAAAUUUUGGAAGUUCUGCCUAGGUUUCGAGAACAUGUCAAAAUCAAGCGCAUACAAAGUGAAGCGUUUGAAAAUGAUAAGAAAACAUGUAGAGUUCUACAAGUUGAUUUUUCAAUGGCAUAUUCGUGUAAGUACCAAAAUGAGAUUCAGUCUGCUUUAUGGUCGCGUGAAAGUGUGCAACUGUUCACUGCUGCUUUAUUUGAGGGAAACAAAUGUACAAAAACUUUCCUGAUCUACUCUGACACCAAAGAUAAAGGAAAAAAUACUGUGUAUUACUUUAUAAAUGAGUUGUACGACUUAAUUUUUGCAACUCCAAACACAAUUAAUGAAUUUGAAGAGAUUAUAUUUAGUGAAGGGCCAUCAUCUGAGUUUAGAAAUAAAUUUAUGGUAAAGUUACUAACAGAUUUAACACAUAAGUUUGCCAAAAACUUUACAUGGAAAUAUUUUGGUACUAGCCAUGGAAAAGGAGUUGUGGAUGGAGUCGGAGGAAGAGCUAAAUCGCUAGUAUGGCAAAAAUCCAUGAGUAAAGCUGAAAAUUUUGUAAUACAGAGUUCUUCAGAAUUUGCCAGCGCUGCUUCUCAACUUAUGCCUUCAACAAAAGUGCUUCAUAUUAGCCAAAGUGAGAUAGACAGUUUAAUCAAAACCGUCACACCAUGGUCAGCAGUCGGUGCAGUUCACUGUAUCCAGAAGAUUCAUGUUGUUAAAAGUGAUGUUGAUGGUAUAGUUUCCUUUUUCCAUUCAAACUCAGAUAAGCAUCCUAGUUUUGUUGUAAAUAAUGACAUUCAUGAUGUGAAUGAUGGAAUGUUAAGCUUAAAUAAAGGAGAUUGGUGUAAAGUAAUUUACGAUAACAAUUAUUUCCCAGGCGAAAUGCUCAACAUCUCUCAUUCUGAGAUUCAAGUUAGUGUAAUGAUUCCUUCAGGUAACUACUGGAAGUGGCCUUCGAAACCAGACAUUUUAUAAAAUGGCCAAUGUGAAGAAGAGUCUGGCUCCACCAGAAGUAACUGGCUAACGAGGACAAUUUAAAUUUAUUGAUUUUUGAAGUACUGUACCAUAUGUCUUAAUAUUGUGAAAUGCUUAUGAUAGAUUAUUUGUAUGUUUGCUGUUUAUGUAGUGUAUAUAUAGAAUUUAUAUAAAUAAAUUGUUCUAGGAAUUGUUCCAGGUAAAUAAGUAUGAGACAUCCUGCAUAUGUUAAAACAUUUCAUAAACCUUCUAAAUGAAUGUAUGAUUCAUCUAAAGUAUUUGGUUUUAAUAAGGGAAUGAAAUUAUGCUGAGUGACUUUGGUCACAUACGUAACAGAUGUUCGUAACACACGUAACAUCAAUACAUGAGUUCAUUGUGAAAGUACUAGGAAAACAAUAUGUUUUAUGUUAGUGUAUAUUAUUAGUCCAUACAGUGGAAUACAUCACUAUAAUUUUUAUUUUAUGCAAUAAGAUUCACAGUAAAAAUGUAACUUUCAUAGAGUGCAAGAUAUUUCAAAAUCUCUGAGUCACACAUGUAACAAAAAAGUAAAAUCCUUUAAAAAAUACUUAGAAAUUUAAUUAAUCUGUUCCAAGCAUCAAGUUUUAUUAACAAAUGUCUAAAGUGUCCAUAAAUCAUGUUUUGAACAAGAAAGCAACAAUCUUAAAUGUAAAAAGACAAGAUCAAACACAAAAAAAUUUCCUCCAAAAGUCACACACAUAACACUGGUUUGGUCCACAUAUAAGCAUAUGUAUUUCAUUAAAAUCUCUUUUUUUUCCACUGUAUCUUUGCUUGUUUUACAUUUACUGCUGAGUAAAUUUAGAUGUGCUUUGACAUGAACACAAUGUAGUAUUUAAAUUGAAUGGUGUUAUGCAGAAGGAGACCAACCCUCAAAAAUAAAAAAAAUGGGUUACAACAAUGUCUUGAAAGUGAAAUUUUUAUUCUGUAUUCUGCAAAAAACACCCAACCCAUAUCUGCAUUGUGCUGCCUUCUGUGUUCGAUAAAACUAACCCACAUUGAUAUCAUUCGUAGAGUAAUAUUCUGCAUAAACCAUCCAUGUUCCUUGGUCAACUAAUUACUUAUACUACUUUCACAUGCCAUUCUGCAGAAAGAAUCCAUGUGGUUUGGUUGAUUAAAUUCCAUGUUUAUUUUAUCUUCAGAAUUUUUCAGAAACUAUCCAAGUGGGUUGGUCUGUUACUGCAGAUCAUUCUUUCGCCUUGUUAUUUAUCUUUGGAAUUUUUCAGAUUCCAUCCAAGUGGUUUGGUUAGUUUCUUCUAAACACACUGGCCUAUUUAAGUACACCUACACCCAUUUUAUCUAUGUUUAUUAUUUCCAUAAUUUAAUUAAUAUUGUAAUAUAAAUGAAUUAUGUGCUAUGGAAUUUCUUGUGGGCUCAUGUAAAUGUUGCCAGCACUGCUAAUGUUGCUAGCACUUUUUUACUUUUGGUGGGAAAGUUUGUUUACUGUAUAGUCUAAACCGGUCUGUUAUAAUGGAUGCACAAAGUAGAGGAAAAUUUCUUGUACAGCUUGCCUUAAAAACAUUUGCUGAGCAAAGUAAUUACAGUCCUGAGCAAAGUAAUGACAGUCCUGAAGAUAUUUCACCAGAAAAUUUAAUAAUACAGGAAGUACCAGACAAGGAGUCACAUGAGUCACAUAUAGUAGGCCAACAUUUUGAAAAUGUGCUUGAAGAAGAGGAGAUACUUUUUUCUGGUGUUGUAAAUGAAGAAGGUAUUCUAAUCACUCACGAGGAAGAAGUGUAUACCUCAUUGCCACCAACAGAAGAAUUUCAAGAGAACACUGAGACCAUUCCCGUAUCUGCUGAACAUGUAGAAGAUGCGUUUCCUGUACAUGUGUCAGAUUCCAUUGCUGAUGAAAAUGGAGAGAAAAAUGAUACUGAGUCUAAUGUCAGUCAUGAUGUUGAUUAUAAUAAAAGUCAUCUACAUCAUUUUCCUGGUGACUCAUCAUUUGAUUCCAGUGGUGGGGAAAACCCAGAGGAAAACUGCAAAACAGGGCGAAAGUCAAGAGGAAGAAAAAGGAAAAUUGAAGAUCAGUCUAGGAGUGAAAGGAAGAGGAAACGAAAUAGCAACCAAUCCUACUACAACUACAAGUACAAGCAUGUAGCACAUAAAGUGUUUGAAGAUUAUGAAUGUCACUGCCCUCUCCAGUGCAAUCAGAAAGUGGGUCUUGAAGAGAGGAAGAUGGAAUUUGACAGAUUCUGGAAGUUGGGUGAUUACACAGCACAAAAUACAUAUAUAGGGAGCCUUGUAACAGAAUACCCUAAAAAGCGACAGUAUGGACGUGAUCCGAAAAAGAAGCAGUUUUCGAGAAUUUUUCGUUUAUCAUCAGUACGAGUAUGUAGAAAUAUGUUCUGCAAGACAAUAGCUAUCUCUCCAUGCAGGGUUAACACGGCACUUAAAAAAGUGAAUGGUCGCCUACCUUUAAAUGAUCAAAGAGGAGUUCAGCAAGGAGGCUGGAACAAAACAUCUGACAUCAAAUUGGAGAAAGUUAUAGCCCAUAUUAAAAGUGUACCAACAUACACCUCACACUAUUGUAGGGACAGUGUUUCUUCUAAAUAUUUGCCACGAGACAUGACACUGGAGAAGAUGUACAGUGCUUACAAAAGUGAAACAGAAUACCCUGUGAGCCUUGCCACCUACAAAAGAGUAUUUUACGAUAAAUUUGACUUAAAAAUCAAACCUCUAAAAAAAGACACGUGUAACAAAUGUGAUACAUUACAUAACCAGAUUCAGUGUGGCAACGAAAACAGUGCCGAAGUUAAAGAAGAGCGCCAAAAUCAUCUUCAAAUUGCUACUGAUGCACAAACCAUGUUGAAAAGUGACAUGAAACUUGCAAAGGACUGUGCUGAUAUUGAAUGUCUCACUUAUGAUAUGGAGAAAACAUUACCAUUACCUCGUAUCCCAACCAGUAUAAUGUUUUAUAAACGACAGUUAUGGUUAUACAAUUUGGGAAUACAUAGUGGCAAAGAUGAAAAUGGUUACUGUUAUGUAUGGCUAGAAGGAGAAGCAGGUAGAGGAGCGCAGGAAAUUGGUUCUUGUCUCCGCAAGCACAUCACCAGUACAUUAAAUUCUGAUGUUGAAACACUAAUCCUGUGGUCAGAUUCUUGCGGUGGACAAAACCGUAAUAUCAAGAUGGUUCUUAUGAUGAAAGAAAUUUUACACAAUCAUCCACGAUUGAAAAAGAUAAUACUUAGGUACUUGGUUUCUGGGCAUAGCUUUCUCCCUAAUGAUAGGGAUUUCGCAGAUAUUGUGAGAGCACUCAAGUACCAACAAAGGCUCUACACACCUGCAGAUUACAUCGAUGUUAUGAAGACAUGCAGAAAAAAGAAACCUCUCAUUGUUUCCAAAAUGAACCCUGGAGACUUUCUUGGAACCAAAAGGAUUGAAGGUUCUAUUACUAAUAGGAAAAUGUCUGAAGACAAUCGGAAAGUCAGUUGGCUUAAUGCCAGACAAAUUACACUAAAGCGCGAAGAACCAUUCCUUCUGUACAUCACUACAGAUUUCAAAAGUGAAGAUGAACUUGUAAUCAAUAUUAAAAAAAGUACUAGGGGAAGGCCUAAAGCUGAUGAUAUUUGGAAGCUGAUUCCACUGUGGCCAAAUGGAAAACCCAUAACAGCUGCAAAAUCAGCUGACAUCGAAUCCAUUAAACAUCUCAUUCCAGCUGAUGCAGUAGAUUUUUAUAGAAAUCUUACGGCCGCCAAUGAUGCUCAGGAAGAUGAUGUAGAUGGAUUCAACAAUACAUUGGAUUUUGACAUUCAGGAGUGAAAUGUUAGCUAACAUGUAUUUCGUGUUAUAAUUUUGAUGUUCUCUAGCUUAAUGUGUAUUUAUAUUCCUUAGACUAUUCAAUGUCAAGAGAUCAGUAUUUUUAAAAAAAUAUAUUAUGUCCAAAUAAUUUUUGUUGUAAACCAAAUUAUUUUGUGAAUAUAUUUGCUUAAUACUAUAAAAAUUAAACAGGAAUAAAAUAAUUCCAACUGCCAAGUUUUGGUUUACUUUGCAGUAUUAUAAAAAUAUGCAUUUACUAAAGAUCUUCAACCCGUAUUUAAAUGUUUAAACUGUGUAUUAUGUAAGAUUCGGCAUUUAUAAAAUUAUAUGUGAUGGUUCAGGAAACAUGUACACAAAUUACAUAGGUACUAUUUUCUGCAGAACAUAUUUUACUGGGAUUCAGCAAAUUUGCAGAAAAAGACCAACCCACAUUUACUUGUAAUAAAAUAUUAAGGACUAUUUUUUUUUAAUUAAAUAAUUUUGAGAACAAGAUAUAUACUCAUCCUAAUAAUCUAAUUUAAAUUUCAUAUUCAUUGUUGAGUCUCAAAAUAUUUCAAAGAGCAGUGACUUUAAAGCUAGUGUUCUCUCUUUUGAAAUUUUGUGGCAUGGAUGGCUUCUGCAUAACACCAUUCAAUUGUUAAUACUUAAAACAGUUACAGGACUAGAAGGUCUUCCAAAACUGCAGUUGCUUCAAUUGUUAUAUGAUUUUUUUUUGCAUUUGUAAAAAAAUUAAUUAUUUUUUAAUUGUUUUGCAUAUAUUUAUAUUCAUUAUUGAAAACUUAGUCCCGAAAUUAGUUUCUGUACAAGAUAUUUUAUCAUGUAUCUCACAGAUACAGUGCGAGCACAUUUGUCUAACAGUGGACGCGAGUAAUGGAGUGCUAACAUGGAAAUAUUCAUAUUUGCUGUUGGUCGUAUUGAAUUUUUACUAUACUAUUUAUUGUGGGUAGGUGUAUCAUUGUUGUGAUAGCGAAUUUAUGGACAACUUUCUGUUGUGAUAUUUCACGCUCAAAGCUGCUUGUAAACAUUAACGAAUCUAUUUUUCAUUUCUAUAAUAACAGGUCAAUAUAUAGGCUGAUUUUUAUGUUAUUACUGACAUUGGUAAUUGUUUCAUUACAAAAAAAAUGUUAGUGGACUAACAAGUACCGUUAGGCAGAUAGAUGAACUUCAGUGCAAUAUGGUAAGCUAGUUAUUUUGUGCUACAGUUUGUAAACAAACAUUUUAACUUCUGCAGAACUAUUUUUCUGAUGCUGAACUAUUGGUUUUUGGUGAACGUUUUAUAAAUCAUGCCUCCACUGAUUAGCAAGUUGAGAAAAAAACGUACAACACAUAGAAAACAUUCCAGAAGAUAGUUUAUUGACAGAUAUCGAAAAUGACUUCGACGAGGACUUCGACAUAUCUACUAAUGAUGACAAUAUUUUUAAUUCUAUUUUUAGUAGGGAAAUAGAAAAUAUGGGAAUAGGAAAACAAUUCUCCCAGAUGACAGUGAAAAUGAAGACGCUGACGACAAUGUUGUUCCUGGCACUGGAGAAGACAACAUUUUUUCAGACAAUUGUUCACUUUCCCAACCAACCACUUCAAAAGAUAACAGUGAAAAAAGUAAAACCUUGCCAGAGUCGCAGCGCAAUCGUAGAUGGAACAAGCUACAUACACAUGAAACUGUUGUACCUGAAUACGAUUUAGAUGAAGGUGUUGCAGAAGGUGUUUUUGAAGGCUGUGAGUUGGCUACAGAUGUUUUUAUAAAACUCGUGGAGGGUAUGAUAAAUGAUAUAGUCUAUCAAAGCAAUUUGUAUGCCACCCAAAACAACAAAACUUUGAACCUCAAGCCCCAAGAACUGUACGCCUUUAAAGGAAUCAACUUUUUAUGGGCUACCAUAGAUUGCCGAACUGGAGGCACUAUUGGUCCACAGCCAAUGACUUAGGAGUGGCAUUAGUGUCAGAAACCAUGAGCCGAAAUAGAUUUGAUGCUAUUUUGAGCUCACUGCAUGUCAACGACAAUUUAAGCAUUCCACAAGGAAACAAAAACAAACUAUACAAGCUAGAGCUAAUGAUACGUUACCUGAAUCAAAGAUUUAGGGAAGUGUAUCAUGGCACACGUAAACUGUCAAUUGAUGAGUCAACAAUUUUAUUCAAGGGACAUUCUGGUAUGAAACAAUAUGACCCCAUGAAGCCCAUCAAAAGGGGAUAUAAGAUAUGGUGCUUGGCCGACAGUAGAGGGUAUAUAAAAAUAUUCAGUAUUUACCGAGGGAAAGACAAAGAAUUACAGGAAGAGUUUGGCUACGGGUUAGGAGAACGGGUUGUUCUGUCACUAUGUAAAGAAGAGUUGAACAAGAAGAAAAUAGUCUUCUUUGAUAAUUAUUUUACAUCCAUCCCUCUCCUUGAGAAGCUUCAAGUGGAAGGGACAUCAGCAUGUGGGACAAUCCAUUCCAAUCGAAAAGGACUCCCAUCACUUGUCUAAGACAAGGCGUUGCAGCGGGGAGAAUUUGAUUGUAGCUUCUCUACCACUGGAAUUGG